ACGCCUUUUGAGAGCGGACCUUCCGGCGCGCAGCCAGGAUGGCGGCGGAGGGCUCCUGUGAGCUGCCGGUGGUGCCGGCGGCAGGGCUUGGCCUGUCCGGGGCUCCCUCCGCCUCCUGCCGGCGCUGUAGCAGCAGCUCCAGUUCGUCGUCGUCGUCCUUCUCUUCGCCUUCGUCGUCGUCCUCGUCGUCGUCGUGCGGGGGCUGCCUCGCUCCCCCGGCCCCUCCCGUCGCGGGCGGCGUGCCCGGGAAAUGGGUCCGGCUGAACGUGGGAGGUACCUGCUUCCUCACCACCCGGCAGACGCUAUGCAGGGACCCCAAAAGCUUCCUUUUCCGCCUCUGCCAGGCCGACCCGGACCUCGACUCCGACAAGGAUGAAACAGGUGCCUACUUAAUAGACAGAGAUCCAACCUACUUUGGACCGGUGUUGAAUUAUCUCCGACACGGGAAACUGGUUAUCAAUAAAGACCUCGCAGAGGAAGGUGUGCUUGAAGAAGCUGAAUUCUACAACAUCACAUCCUUAAUCAAACUUGUAAAGGACAAAAUAAGGGAACGAGACAGCAAAAUCUCACAGGUGCCAGUCAAGCACGUUUACAGGGUGCUGCAGUGCCAGGAAGAGGAGUUGACUCAGAUGGUCUCCACCAUGUCUGAUGGCUGGAAAUUUGAGCAGCUAGUCAGCAUUGGAUCUUCCUAUAACUAUGGGAAUGAAGACCAGGCCGAAUUCCUUUGUGUUGUUUCCAAGGAGCUGCACAACACCCCUUAUGGCACGGCCAGUGAGCCCAGCGAAAAGGCAAAGAUCUUGCAGGAGCGAGGUUCAAGGAUGUAACUGUGCCCCAGUAUUGAAUGCUGACAAGUUUUCCUUUGCAUCGCCACACGAAGAGCCUUGGCACCAAGAGGAUGUCGCUUGUUCAGACCAUUUCUGUAGUUCUGGAUUUUGAACCCUGAAGGUGGUGCUGCAGCUGGAGCCGGCUGCUUGCAGAUGCCUGCCUUCGGCAGCAAGAGGGGUUGUGUUGGCUCUGGUGCCCGGUUGUGCUGAUCUUAAUCCCAUGGAAAGAAGAUUUGACUUCACUCUAUGCUUUCCUUCCGAAGAGAUAUAGCAAUGCUUUGCUGAUUGUAGGGAAACGAUUUGGGUUUUAAUCAUUGUAGGCAGUUCAAGGUCAACAUACUUGGUGCUAUGAAUAAAUCACAGCCCACAUGUGGGCAGACAUCCUUAAGCAGCUCCAGUUGACUGUGGCGGCUGCUGUACAUUCCUUGGGGAUCUAUUGUAAGAAUGCACUAGCCCAGUCUAAGGGAGGGGUGCAUCUUCUUACCCCUCCCGACCCUGCUUGCUUCAGUACCCAGAGGGUAUUCUCUUCUUGGGAAGGUGGUCUUAUUUUGCCCACAUCUCUAGGGACAGCCUUCCUCUCCAGGUAACUUGCUCCUGCAAAGGUUAACCUCCAAUUUUAGCUACACUUUAGGAUUGAAGCCCCAAUUAAACAAAAAUAAUAUGGCAAAUACCUUGCCUUGCACACAUGUGUGCACACACGAAAACUCACACACACCAAAGUUGCAUUCUUUGUUUUUAGAAAUGCCUGCAAGUAUUGCUACCCCUGUGGACUCACAGCACUGAAGGUAGACAUGGGGGUUGAGUCUUCAUGGGUGCUCCAUCAUGAAGGCUGGGAAUGAGAAUCUCUGUGCUCAAAAGCAUCAGAGCUUGUGCAGCUGAAGGCAGGAAUUAUUGUGAUUCUUUAACAGAUGUUUACAGUCAUUUCUACAUUAUCUUAUCUAUGCAGUUUCUUCCGAUGUUUGGCAAGUACUGUCAAUAACACUUGUGGUUUCAUUAAGAGAGGCUUGUGGUAAAUGUGAAGAAACAACUGGAGCUUUUUAGUGUACUGUGUUUAAAUGAAACCAUUAGCAUGUCUUUUGAAAAUAGGUUUAAAGGAGUAUAUACAGAUCUCUCUGCUACAGAGAGGAGCCCUUGCUUGUCUGAGGCUCUCUUAACAUGCUACCUAUAUUUUAACUUUCAUUAAGCAACUCACAGAAGCUGUGUGUAUACACACCCCUUCCUUUUCCAUUCAGAUGUGUGGAGUCCUCACAAUCCUGAGCAUCCCUUGUCUGCCUGCAUUUUUGAUCUCAUUUUCGGCAAACCUUUUCUGCCCAGUAGAUCAGCAAGUGGGCCAUUUGUCUUUUGCCAUGGAGACUGGUCUGCACAGAAAGUUGCAAGGGCCUCCUCAACAUUGAGUAAUCUGUUUGUCUUUUUUAAGAUGUUAGCAUUGAAAUGAAUUUACUAAAAUGUAAUUCUUCUGAAGGGUGAAAUGUUUCUACUUUUAUACUUUUUUAGGCAUCUGUGUUUGAUUACCGUAAAGCGAACGCCAAUGUGCUAAGAGAUCACAUUUCGUGUACGUAGAAAGAAAUGUUAUUGCGGGUGUGUCUGCAUGCAUGCACACAUAUAUGCAGAUGCAAAGAUGGCUCUUGAAUCGGCUAAACAGGCCUUGUUCUCCUUCAGGCCCCACCAUUACUGUGACGCAUUCUGCCAGGGCAGCCUGAGUAAUUGACUUGAAAGGCCUCCAUCUCCAAACAGCCUUUCCUCAAAGGUGGUGCACAUGCCUGUCCAGAAACUGCCUUUGAAUGUUUUUGCUGCAAGUAGCAAAGGAUUUGACUGACACAAAUUUCAGGCUUGAGAGGGGGCAGCAGCAAAACAUGGUGAGUGGAGGGAGGUGGAGCACAGAAGCAGCCACUCUGUCCAUCAAGUGGCCAGUGAACGCGUUUGCUGCUUUGGGGUGGGAUUUCCCACCUUGCUGCCACUGUCCCCUUAUGUCCUUGGAGGAGGGGAUUUUUGAUGUUCCUCCUGUUCCCCCUCUGACUUUAAAGCCAGAAAGCGUCAGGAGACACUUUGGAAGGGGCUGAAGCCAGCGCCUGUCAGGGUGUUGAUUUUGGCUGCAGGCAAGGUUUACUCUCUGCAUUGGUUUGGCUUCUUACUGAACGCAGAAAAAGUUUUAGCAUGUUGAAUAGUAUGAAAUUUAAGUUGCAUCCUAGGAUUUAACCUUGCAAGUGUGGAAUCUUUUUGUAUUCUUCAUGAUUGUGGAAUGUGGUCCGUGGUAUAAAACUUAGCAUGUUGAGAACCUCGGCUUCUAUUGUUGGCAUAAGAAAAAAUACAGGUCUCUUGCCCUCGUGAUGGGUAAUGUAGGCAGUGUGAGGAGAGCUCAGAAAGCAAGUGGGUGCCAGACUAGGCUUUCCUAUCCUUUGUGGCUCUGCUUCUGUCUCCCAGAACUGCCACCUCAGGCCUUUUAUUCUCUCCUUUUCCCUUAGUUACUUGUCUGUAGGCUCCUGAAACUUGGAAGCCAGGUAUCUUUGAAAAAUUAGGAAAAGUAUUUAAAUUGGCACUGCAGAAAAUCAGUUUCUUUGGUACAAAUUUUAUAUUGUACCAAAAACCCUAUACCAUGAAGUGUAGAGGACAGCGGGUAAAGGGCUACCCAGGUGCCUUCUGCUUCUUUGUUCACGUUAUUUAAGGGGAGAGAACAGGUGCUCCUUUCAGCCACUUGCUACUUUCCUCACUUCAGUGUGUUAGUGUCUCUAUGCAUUAUGCAAAUUACAUCCCCCUCUUGGAGAACUGAAUAGAUUUCAGCAGCUUAAAAAGACACAUGUUCCCAUUGCCUAUGGGGCCCAUAGCUGCCAAGUUAUCCCUUUUUUAAAGGGAUUUUCCCUUAUGCUGAAUAGGCUUCCUCGCGAGAAAAGGGAAAACUUGGCAGCUAUGAUGGGGCCCUCCUGUCUCUGGACUCUGAAAUACUAAAGUGGACACCGACAACUUUUGUUGCACUGCUCAGCUGUAGUUUAGCCUCAGCUUUGCCUACAUUUUACUCAGUUUUUGAAUAGAAUUGUCAAUUAUUUAUUUAAAAAGGAGGGUGGGAUAGCAAAUGUGAAGUUUCUCGUGUAAAGAAGGGUCUUGAAGGCCUGCCCCCUGAAGGGAUCAUUGACUCUCAAGGCGCAAGAAAACCUGCAAUGAUACCAGACAACAAAAGAAAUAGAUGCUUCAGGUACAUCUGUGUUCAUUUCUGUCUUGUCUGUCCCAUCCCUUGCUGCCAUAAGCUGUCAUUCAGUCUGGAAAAACAUACCCCAUCUCAGACACUUCCCACUGCAAGAAAGAUAAGCUUAGAGGCACACAUACAGCCAUGGCCUGACACCCAGAUGCUGUCAUUCCCUGACUCUCACAUAUUUUUGUAAAAGGUGGGUAGAAUGAGUAGAGGAAAUUGCUUUUGUCGCAAGAGGAGAGAUCUGCCUGAGGUCUGCUGUGUCCUUGUAGAGGGUGGGAAAGAGAAUUCUCUUUUCUCACUGUCAGAGCUGCCACUUAACAAAGUUGAGUGUUGCCAAACAUGCACAUGCUCUCCUACCCCAGGAGUGGCAGCUGUUGCAUGUGUUUCAUUGCAAGGUUCUUUCUACUAGUAUGCUGGUCUCUGGAGCAAAUUAUCUUGCUUACUGAUAUAGGACUAGGGCUGAACUAUGCUCACACAUUGGACAUCCACGCCAUCAGGCAUUCUGUGCAAUUGCUACUUGUGUGUAGGGGUUCCCUUGCAAGGCAGCCAAAUUCAGUCACCAUCAGAGGGUAGGACUGGUAUGGCAUUAGAAAGAGAUGCAUGAACUCCCUCUGGCUUAAAACCAAUAGUUCCCUGCAUGUCAGUUAACACCUGAAUAGGGUUGUGUUACCUGAAUUCGAGGAGAAAUUGAGUUCCUUUGCAAGGCUGUAACCCAAGUUCUUUGUCUUCUACUUGGACCUUCCUUCAAAUUCCAUUUUUAGUGCUGUUGCUGAACUGAGAUAUUUUUCACAGCUGCAUUUAUGACAGUAAAGGGGCUACAGCCUGGGCUACUUUACCUGCUUGCAAACAAAAUGGAUUUGAAACAAGCCCUGAAGUGGUUCCUUGCUUAUUCAGUGCUCUUUCACUAUCUUGGCCAUCUCUGAAUCCUGCUUUAGAGCUGCCGUUUAAGACAUUGGUAAUGCAUUUACUUAGGGAAACAUGGGUGCCUCAAGCUUUGUGACAACUUGCUCCAAAAACGAGGGCUGAAAGGGCUACCUGGCUGUAAUUGUCAUGCAGUAGGAAUGUUAAGAGCUGGCCUAACUUGAAUGCAAGUUAAUGAAAAUUUGCUUGCAUCUCAGUGGGGCCCUAAUGAAGAUGUAUUUGCUUGUGAACAUUCCAUCAUUUACAAAACUGAAUUGUCAUGUGUGGAAAAGUGUGUUUUCUGUCCUUCCAUGGGGUAGAAGACAGGUCAUUGUUUGGGGCAAAGUUUAUCAAAGGCAGCGUUUUCACUGUGCUUACAAAGGACUAGAUUUUCUGUGCACCUGGACAGGAAGCAAAUCCAAAUACUUGAUGCAUGCUUUACUUUUUAAAACUUAACUACAAACAUAGAAUUAUUGCUGCUACUAGUCAGGGUGGCUGUGUAGAGCAUCCAUGAGCAGAGGCACUCCUGUGCCUUUGAAUACAGCAGUAUGAGUGAGCUUCCUAGGAAGGGCACUUGGUUGGCUUUUGGUCUGAUCCAGGAGGGUUCUUCCUACAUUAAAACUUCCCAGGUAGACCAACCAACAGGAGAGGUGAGAUCAUCAUGCUGCCUUCCUCUGUGCUCUGGAAAGGUUGACUCUUUAAAACAUUUAUGAGGA